AUGUCGCAGCAGCAGACCGCCAUCCCCGCCCCCGUGGUUGCGCACCACGCCCCCGUCUUCGAUCUGAUGUACUACGUCAAGGCUGCUGUCGCCGGCGGUCUCUGCUGCUCCGUCACCCACGGCGCCGUCUGCCCCAUUGACGUCGUCAAGACCCGCAUGCAGCUGGACCCCCAGAAGUACAACAAGGGCAUGAUCUCGGCCUUCCGCCAGGUCGUCUCGACCGAGGGCGCCGGCGCCUUGGCUACCGGUCUGGGUGCCACUGCGGCUGGAUACUUUGUCCAGGGUUGGUUCAAGUUCGGCGGUGUGGAGUUCUUCAAGGUGAACAUCGCUCACGCCGUUGGCGAGCGCGCGGCCUGGGAGAACCGCACCGGCAUCUACCUGGCCUCGUCGGCCAUGGCCGAGUUCAUCGCUGAUCUCUUCCUCUGCCCGCUGGAGGCCAUCCGCAUCCGCUCCGUGUCGGACUCGACCUUCCCCAAGGGUCUCGGCGCUGGCGCUGCGCGCAUGUUCUCGACCGAUGGUCUCCUCGGCUUCUACGCCGGUCUGGGCCCCAUCCUCUUCAAGCAGAUCCCCUACACGAUGGCCAAGUUCGCCGCGACCAAGGGCACCAACCUGUCCAUCUCGCUCCUCUCCGGUGUGAUUGCUGGCGUCGUCGCCGCUAUCGUCUCCCACCCGGCCGACACGCUCCUGUCCAAGAUCAACAAGAAGGGCGCCGGCGGUUCUGGCAGCACGACCUCGCGUCUCUUCACCAUCGCGCGCGAGAUGGGCUUCGCCAAGCUCUGCCUCACUGGUCUCCCCGCUCGUUGCAUCAUGAUCGGCACGCUCACCGCCGGUCAGUUCGGUAUCUUCGACUCCGUGAUGGCUGCCAUUGGUGCCCAGAAGUUCCACUUCCACAACCCUGACGAGAAGCACUAA